AUGGAGAAGUCAGAGUAUGGCACGGCCGACAAGGCCGUCCGAGAGAACUCAAACUCCUCGAUGGAUCAGGUCCAGCACCAGACCUCCAUCACAUCGGAGGUGUCGGUCCACGAGAAGAAACCGUGGUGGCACCCGGUCAUCGAGCCUGGUUCCGCCGUCCAGAUCAUCAUUGCCGCCGCCAUCGCCGUCGGUAUCGGUUUGGGCGUCAAGACUGCGCACCCAGAUAUCCCCGCAGCCGCCACGACCAUUCUCAUCAUCCCCGGUAACCUGUGGUUGCGGUCUCUGAAAGCCGUGGUCCUGCCCCUCAUCGUGACAGCAAUGGUCCUCGCCGUCCAAAAGCUCAAGGAAAUCUCCCACGGCGGUGCCAAGCUCGCAAAGUGGACAAUCGGCUACUACGUCAUCACAACCAUCGUAGCCAUCGUCCACUCCAUCAUCAUGACCUCCCAAGUUUGGGCCCGCCUCAUGACAGUCGCCUCGGCAGAGUCCAUCGCCACAGACAGCAUGUCCGCGAAAGACCAGGAGUCCUACGAGGAGAGGAAAGAUCAAGACAUUCCUGCCACCGUCACCGAGCUCUUCAACUCCCUCAUCCCAGCGAACGUCGUCGACGCCCUCGCCUCUGAUCAUCUCCUCGCCGUGCUCGUCAGUGCCGUCGUGAUCGGCUAUCUCAUCGACAACCGCGACGGCCAAUCCUCCCUCAUCAAGGCGGCGCGCGAGGUCGAGGCCCUCAUCAUGAUCAUCAUCACCUUCCUCAUCAAGCUCGCCCCCAUCGGCGUCUUCUUCCUGAUUCUGCCAAACAUGUUCAAGCUCGACAUCAACGAUAUCGGCGUGAACCUCGGCAUCCUCAUGGGCGGCGCCAUCAGCUCCAUGUUCUUGCACCUCUUCAUCGUUCUCCCCCUUAUCUUCUUCGCCUUCACCCGCCAGAACCCAUACACCCUCUGGUUCAAGUGCUCGCCCGCCUGGUUGACGGCGUGGGGAACCGCGUCCUCGGCAGCGACCCUCGCCGUCACCAUGAAGUGCUGCCGUCAGACGCUCAAGGUCCCCGAGACGGUCACCAAGUUCGCCGUGCCCCUGGGUUGUCUCGUGAACAUGGACGGAACCGCUAUUUACUUCCCAAUUGUAGUGGUUUUCCUCGCUCAGACCCAGGGUCAUGUCCUUAACGCGGCCGACUACAUCAUCAUCCUGUUGCUGUCGACUCUGGCUUCUAUCGGCACCACCCCAAUCCCGAGCUCCUCCCUCGUUUUGACGGUUAUGAUCUCAUCGAGCGUGGGUAUUCCCCCAAGCGGAAUGUACGGUGUUGUCGUAGCCAUCGACUGGUUCAUCGAUCGAUUCCGCACUGCCACCAACGUUAGCGGCGACUUGUUCGCUGCUGUGAUUGUUACUAAGAUGACCGGUAUUACCGAUCCUGUCGACGGCUCUGAAGUUGUUGAGGAAGAAGUCAGGCACAAUGAUGAGCGCGUCUAA